ACCUGCAGACACAGUCACAGCCGAUGCCUUGCUUAGCGGCAGAUCCGCAACCAUUUAUUGCAUAAGACAGACGCACAAGCAGAAACCGGACUGAGCCAGCGCAAUGGAUGCAAAAAUGGAUUCAUCCGACGACCGGGGAGUGCAGCUCCUGGACAUCAGCUCCAACUCGCCCUCUCCUGAGCCCCAAGGUGCGGAGGAGGUGUCAAGUCAGAGGGAGAAACCACCCUAUUCAUACGUGGCUCUCAUCACUAUGGCAAUAGAAGACUCUACGGGCAAGAGGCAAACGCUGGGCGGAAUAUACGACUUCAUCAUCUCCAACUUUCCCUAUUAUGAGAAGAACAAAAAAGGUUGGCAAAAUAGCAUACGACACAAUCUGUCUCUCAAUGAGUGCUUUAUCAAAGUCCCCCGGGAGAUUGGGGCUGACAGGAAGGGCAACUUUUGGAUGCUGGACCCCGCAUUUGAGGACAUGUUUGAGAAGGGCAACUACCGGCGGCGGAGGAGGGUGAGGAGACCCUACAGACCAUCCACCGUUCCUUACAUGACCGGGAACCCCGUGGACUUGUCCAAACCUCUCUACCUAGAACCUUUGGUGAGCGGCACCUGGGGUCUGUGCAUUCCCGGCUCCGAGCCCCCUCGAUACCCACCUGUGCAUCCCCGCAGCGUGUCUCCCAGCGGGACAUAUUGCGCGUCCCCAUACUUUUACCACCCUCCAUACGGUGGCACUGGUUACCAUCACCACCCGUCCGUACUGGUCCCUCACAACGUGUGCACGUACGGCGGAGUGACCCAGCCGAUGAGUCCCGAGGGAAGCACCGUGUCUGUGGCGUGCAGCCAGCAGUUGACAUGCGCAAGACCGGAGGCUUCGUUUGCUCAGUCAUUUGACCAGUAAGGUUUGGAGUUAUUCAAACAUUUGACAGCCAAGUACACAGACUAAAAGUUCUUGUAUUUCACAGUUUCAGUUCGGCUGUCAUCAGUUUGUUAAGGAAAUAUAAAUGUGUGAGUUGAAUUCCUAUUGUCUCUAACUCUGUUAAUUAAUAGUCUAGCAGUUGCUAUAUUUUUUGACUGGUUCCACCACUUUGUGAUUGUAGGCUUACAUGCAACCUGGCAUUGUGCUUUAAAGGUGACAACGAACAAGUCGGAACUGCAGAUUUACAUUUGGGGCUCAGUUUAUGCCUCUAUUGUUGGAGGAUAUAUGUUUCCAAACCCCCAUUUGCUUUUUGUAUUUUUUUUUUUUUUUGUUCUGAUAAAUGCCUGACCAUUUGUUACUGUGUUAUUUAUUAAUUGUCUCUGGCUUUAUCCAAUUCUACCAAACUGCUAUGCAAUACUGAAGCACUGAUUAGUUUCCUUAUUCGAUUCUGAAUGUUUGUAUGUAAAAUACAUCAUGUUUGUGGAAUAGGCGAAAAUAAAAAUAAAUUUGUGUUAUUUUUGCAUCAAUAAUGACUUGAUCCUCUAUUUGUUAUGGGUGUCAACGUUGAAAAAAACCUAUAGGUCUACAGCAUAUUUCUUAUAAGCUACCUACUUUGAUUGCAAUGUAAACUUUUAUUAGUUUAGACUACCUAUUUAAGCCCAGCUGUCCUGGUUAAAGUGUAAGAGGUAGGUUAAUGCUAAGGUUUUUCUCUAUUUAUUAAUAGACUACAUAAAACGAUCUCAUAUAGUCUAGUUUAUCCUU